GGUCACGCUACAGUUGUCGUGCGGCUUCGUACAGCGUAUAUUUUGAUGCGAACAAUAGUAUGCAAUACUCGUCGGUGCUGUGCUGUGCUGUGCUGUGUUGCUGACCACUGCUUACCCUAAAAUAAAUGACUUUACUAAAAUAGAGACACACAAACACACAAACACAAUUACACAAACACACGGUCAUUGGCAUUUUAUCGUACCCACAUAGACCUUUUCUAUAGGUCUAAAACAAUAUUCCCCUCCAAAGGUGCCAUGGUGUCCUCAAGGUGGAAAUAAGGAUUAAGGAAAGGUCUCCUGUAAAGAAGAAGAAGCUGUUCACUCCCCAACUAUUGUCACACUCAGGUAAUCUAGGUUGUGUUUUGCUUAAGAAGGACCACUAUAUCUCACCAAACAUAAAAGAUGGAUGAUCCAAAGGGUAGUUCCUCAUGGUUAAAAAUUCUAAAUAUAAGUGACAUAUUUGGCUGGAAAGAUCAUGGAGAGUAUGGAGCUCUUGCAGCUAUAGUCAUAAGCAUUCUUGUUCCUGUCUUGUUUUCAGCUUUGUUCUUUGGAAAAAAAAAAGGAAAAAUAAGAGGUGUGCCGGUAGAAGUUGGUGGUGAGGAAUGUUUUGCAGUACGUAAUGCUAGAAAAACUGAGUUGGUUGAAGUUCCUUGGAAAGGAGCCCCAACCAUGGCUCAUCUAUUUGAGCAAUCCUGUAAUAAAUAUACCUGCAAUCGAUUUCUUGGAACUAGAAAACUAAUACAAAAGGAGUUGGUUACAUCUAGUGAUGGCAGGAAGUUUGAGAAACUUCAUUUAGGAGACUAUGAAUGGGAAACCUAUGGAGAGGUAUUUGCUCGCGUGUCCAAUUUUGCAUCUGGUCUUCUUAAAUUGGGCCAUAAUGAAGAUAGCCGUGUUGCCAUUUUCUCUGAUACCCGGGCUGAGUGGCUCAUUGCCCUUCAGGGCUGCUUCAGGCAGAAUGUAACAGUCGUUACUAUUUAUGCUUCUCUAGGUGAGGAUGCCCUGAUCCACUCACUAAAUGAGACUGAAGUAUCUACUCUGAUCUGUGACUCCAAGCAGUUGAAGAAGUUGGAUGCAAUAAGAUCAAGACUAAUAUCUUUACAAAAUAUUAUUUACUUUGAAGAUGAUAACGAAGAAGAUGCUUUCUCUGGAAGUUCAAGCGGCUGGACAAUUGCAUCUUUUAGUGAAGUUGAGAAACUUGGGAAAGAAAGUCCUGUUGAGCCAAGCCUGCCUUCCAAGAAUGCUAUUGCAGUUAUCAUGUACACAAGUGGCAGUACAGGUCUGCCAAAGGGUGUCAUGAUUACUCACGGCAACAUUGUAGCCACUACAGCAGCUGUUAUGACAGUGAUUCCAAAUCUAGGUAGCAAGGAUGUGUACCUGGCAUACUUGCCCCUUGCUCAUGUUUUUGAAAUGGCAGCAGAGUCUGUUAUGCUGGCUGCAGGUUGUGCAAUUGGUUACGGCUCUCCUCUGACUUUAACUGACACGUCUAAUAAAGUCAAGAAAGGAACCAAGGGAGAUGCUACUGUGUUAAAGCCCACUCUUUUGACAGCAGUACCAGCUAUUCUUGAUCGGAUUCGAGAUGGAGUUGUAAAAAAGGUUGAGCAAAAAGGGGGCCUUGUGAAGAAUCUUUUCCAUUUUGCAUACAAGCGCCGACUGGCUGCUGUAAAAGGAAGCUGGCUAGGAGCUUGGGGAUUGGAAAAGUUGAUGUGGGAUACCAUUGUCUUUAAACAAAUUCGUAGUGCACUUGGAGGCCAGCUCCGGUUUAUGCUUUGUGGGGGAGCUCCUUUAUCUGGAGAUUCGCAACACUUCAUCAAUAUCUGCAUGGGGGCUCCUAUUGGGCAAGGAUAUGGCUUGACUGAAACAUUUGCUGGGGCUGCCUUCUCAGAGUGGGAUGACUACAGUGUGGGACGUGUUGGUCCACCUCUUCCUUGUUGCUACAUUAAGCUUGUUUCUUGGGAAGAAGGAGGGUAUCUGACAUCAGAUAAACCAAUGCCAAGGGGAGAGAUUGUAGUUGGAGGAUUUAGUGUGACAGCUGGUUACUUUAAGAAUCAAGAAAAAACUAACGAAGUGUUCAAGGUUGAUGAGAAAGGUAUGCGCUGGUUUUAUACUGGUGAUAUUGGGCAAUUCCACCCUGAUGGAUGUCUUGAAAUCAUAGAUAGGAAGAAAGAUAUUGUCAAACUUCAACAUGGAGAAUAUAUCUCUCUCGGAAAGGUUGAGGCAGCACUAUCAUCAUGUGAUUAUGUGGACAAUAUAAUGGUUUAUGCAGACCCCUUUCACAAUUACUGUGUGGCUCUAGUUGUUGCUUCACAACAGUCCCUGGAGAAGUGGGCCCAACAAGCUGGUAUAGAUUACCAAGAUUUUCCUGAUCUGUGUAACAAACCUGAAACUGUCACUGAGGUUCUGCAGUCUAUUUCCAAGGUUGCAAAAUCUGCAAAGCUGGAGAAAACUGAAAUUCCUGCAAAGAUUAAGUUGCUGCCGGAUCCAUGGACUCCUGAAUCUGGAUUGGUCACUGCAGCUCUCAAGAUAAAGAGAGAGCAGCUGAAAGCCAAAUUCAAAGACGAUCUUCAGAAGUUGUAUGCAUGAAAUGUAGUAUCUAACCUCUUCAAUUUCUGGUUGGUGUAUGCUCAAUGUAUGUAAUGUGUCACAGGUAUCUUUUUUAUUCGAUAAUACUAUUGAACAUGUAACUAAUUUGACAUAAUAAAAUCAUACUCCAAAUAAUACAUCAAGUGGGUCUAGUUCAGUUGGUUAAACAGGAUGUGUGAGUGUUAUAAACUCCCUCACACUGUAUUCAAUUCUUACAGAUAAAAAAACCACUCCAAAUAAUACUUGGCUGUGAACAUGAAUUUUUGCAGUUAAGCCAACCAAGCAAUGGCUAGCAAUAGAUAUAGUUGAUUUAUGAGCA